AUGGGCCCGUCGAUUCCGUCAGUUAUUGCCCGGCCUCUCACCCAGGGUGCCGAUAUAAUUCGGGGAGCUCUAGGAAGCUUGACCUGGGGGCCCGCCUUGGCAAUAGCUAAACCAGCAGUGCUUUCCGUCUUCUCUAGGCUAGAGAUUGGCACCCUACUAUUAGUUGACGAACCCAUGGGGGCAAGAAUGGUCUAUGGGGAGAGACUGUCUUCGAAGGGCCCCAAAUCCAUCAAUGGAGAACCACCACUCAGGAAAGCAGACAUAGUUCCUCGAGUUGAAAUUAAAGUGAAAGAUGAUGCUUUUUGGAUGAGGUUGCUUCUCUUCGCUGAUAUGGGUUUUGCGGAAUCAUAUAUGUUGGGUGAAAUUGAAUGCGCCGAUCUGACGGCAUUCUUUCAGCUCUUCAUUGCAAACCGGGAUCAGUUAAGCAAUGGCACUACGAUAUUCUCCUCGAUAUCUGGGGCGGUAUCAAGUAUUGCUCGAACUACAAAUACGCUGUCAAACGCGCUCUUGAAUGUCUCCGCUCAUUAUGAUAUUAGCAAUGACAUGUUCGCGGCUUUCCUCUCAGAAGACAUGACUUACUCGUGCCCUAUUUGGCAGACCCGAGUAUCUCAUAACGAACCGGAAGAAAGUCUUGAAAAGGCACAGAUGGUUAAAUUAAGACGGUUCAUCGACGGCGCCAGGAUCAAACCUACUGAUCACGUCUUAGAGAUCGGUACAGGUUGGGGGUCUUUCGCUAUCGAGGCCGUUAGAAGGACUGGAUGCCGAGUAACAACUCUGACAUUAUCAAGGGAACAAAAGAGACUAGCGGAACAGCGGAUCGAUGUGGCAGGGUUCUCAGGUCGGAUAGAUGUGCAACUUCUCGACUACCGUAGCUUACCGGAUACGGCCGUUUUUGACAAGAUUAUCUCCAUAGAGAUGUUAGAAAACGUCGGUCAGGAAUACCUGAGCGCAUAUUUCGCAUGUAUCGAUCGGCUGUUGAAGAAAAAAGGCGGUAUCGCUAUGUUUCAGUGUAUCACGAUGCCGGAGGGGAGACACGAGGCUUAUUCCAAGUCCGAAGACUUUAUAAACAAACACAUUUUCCCCGGCGGUUACCUCCCGUCCAUCACCCAGCUCCUUAACCACAUCUCGAAGGAGUCCAAGGGAACGUUGAUCGUAGAGCGGGUUGAGAACAUCGGAGGCCACUACGCGAAGACGCUGCGUCUCUGGAGGGAGAAUUUCAUGCUGAACUUCGAGUCUCGGAUUCGACCGGCGCUAGAGGUGGAAUAUCCGCGUAUGACAGCGCGGGAGGUGGACGUGUUUAAACGAAAGUGGGAGUACUAUUUCGCCUAUUGCGAAGCCGGGUUCGUGACAAAGACCCUAGGCGACGUCAUCAUCACGGUUGGAAGGGAGGGCGCGAUGGAAUUGAUGGAGGAUAUUCCUGUUUGA